GAGCACAGCAUUUAUCUGAAAGCCGAGAGUGAACCUGACUCAUACUCACUGUUGUCGAGAGAAGAAAUGGCGCAGCAAGUGAUUCUGGAUCGAGAACAACUGAGCUGUUCAAUCUGUCUGGAUCUUCUAAAGGAUCCGGUGACUAUUCCCUGUGGGCACAGCUACUGCAUGAGCUGUAUUACAGACUGCUGGGAUGAAGAGAAUGAGAAGAAAACCCACAGCUGCCCUCAGUGCAGGCAGAGCUUCACACCGAGGCCUGUCCUGGUGAAAAGUACAAUGAUAGCAGAGUUUGUGGAGGAACUGAAGAAAGUAGGACUUCAAGCCGCUUCACCUGAUCUUACAUAUGCAGGACCUGGAGACGUGGCCUGUGAUUUCUGCUCUGGGAUGAAACUGAAAGCUUUCAAGUCCUGUCUGGUGUGUAUGGCCUCUUACUGUGAGCAACACCUGCAGCCUCACUAUGAUGAAGCUGCAUUCAAGAAACACAAGCUGGUUGAAGCCACCUCAAAGCUUCAGGAGAACAUCUGCUCUCGUCAUGACGAGGUGAUGAAGAUUUUCUGCCGCACUGAUCAGCAGUGCAUUUGUUAUCUUUGCUCCAUGGAUGAUCAUAAAGGCCAUGACAAAGUCUCCGCUGCAGCAGAGAGGGCUGAGAGGCAGAAGGAGCUCGGGGUGAGCCGGGGAAAAGUCCAACAGAGAGUCCAGGACAGAGAAAAGGACGUCAAGGUGCUUCAACAGAGGGUGGAGGCUAUCAAUCAUUCUGCUGAUGAAGCAGUGAGGGACAGUGAGAAGAUCUUCACUGAGUUGAUCCAUCUCAUUAAGAAAAGAAGCUCUGAAGUGAAGCAGCAGAUCAGAUCCCAGCAGAAAACUCAAGUGAGUCAAGCUGAAGAGUUUGAGGAGAAGCUGCAGCAGGAGAUCACUGAGCUGCGGAGGAAAGACACUGAGCUUCAACAACUUUCCCACACAGAGGAUCACCUGCAUUUCCUAAACAACUACCCCUCGCUGUCACGUGUGAGUGAGUCUAAAGACUUACCCAGCAUUGAUAUCUGUCCUCUGCGCUCUUUUGAGGAUGUGACCGCGGCGGUGUCAGAGGCCAGAGAUAAACUGCAGGCUGUUCUGAGUGAGGAGUGA